CACUGACUCCUCAGUUUGUUUAUAAAGCAAAGUCCGAAGGCUUUGCUUAGAUAAAUGAAUAGAACGGCCAUGGCGGUGCUUGGGAUAGAGACGCUUUUCCUGGUCUGCAGUUUCACAUUUCUAGUAUUUCUCUUUAGCAGGAGACAGAGGCAUGCAAGGCUCCCCCCGGGGCCGACACCUCUCCCCCUCCUAGGAAAUGUCUUGCAGUUGGACUUUUCAAAACAAGUGAAAGAAUUUGUUAAGCUUGGUUCCCAGUAUGGCCCUGUGUCAAUGGUGUAUCUUGGGCCAUAUCCUGUACUGGUGCUCAAUGGUUAUGAUGUCGUGAAAGAAGCUUUUGUGGACAAUGGAGAAGUGUUCAGCAAUCGAGGAAAAAAUGCCUUUAUAGAAAUGAUUUUUAAAGGACGUGGUGUGGCAUUUAGCAAUGGAGAACGAUGGAGGCAGAUGAGGCGUUUUUCUCUAAGCACUCUAAGAGAUUUCGGAAUGGGAAAAAGGAGGGUUGAAGAAAGAGUACAGGAGGAGGCCUGCGCUCUGGUGGAGGAAUUUAAGAAGACGAAAGGAACCCCAUUCAACUCCACGUAUUUGAUGACAUUGGCUGUUUCCAAUGUAAUUUGCUCCGUAGUUUUUGGAGAGCGUUUUGACUACCAAAAUGAGACAUUCCUCUCAGUUUUGGCCUUGUUAAAAGACACCUUUAAAAUUAUUACUUCACCAUGGACGCAGCUUUUCAGCUUUGCCCCUGGACUUCUGAAGCAUCUUCCUGGCCCACACAAAAAAGCUGCAGAGAAUUUAGAUAGACUUAAAACAUUUGUGACUGAAUUUGUUGCAAGUCAUGAAGAGACUUUGGAGGAGAAUUUCCCAAGGGAUUAUAUUGAUUGUUUUCUCAUAAAAAUGAGACAGGAAAAGGACAAUGUUAAUACAGAAUUUGACUAUGAAAAUUUGUUUGUCACCCUGAUGAACCUCUUCUUUGCAGGAACAGAGACCACCAGCAUAACACUACAAUAUGGAAUGCUCAUCCUGCUAAAAUACCCCGACAUUCAAAAGAAGAUUCAUGAAGAGAUUGACAGUGUGAUAGGGUUUAACCGGUGUCCAUCAAUGGAGGAUCGUCCCAAAAUGCCAUAUACAGAUGCAACAAUUCAUGAGAUACAGAGGUUUGCGGAUAUUGUGCCAAUGGGGGUUCCCCGUUCAACAAACAAAGAUACAACACUCAGAGGAUACGAUAUCCCUAAGGGUACAACAGUAUUCCCAAUGUUGACAUGUAUCCUAAAAGAUCCCAGAUACUUUAAGGAUCCAGAAAGCUUUAACCCAUGUCAUUUUCUAGAUGAAAAGGGCUGCCUGAAGAAAACCGAUGCUUUCAUACCAUUUUCUAUUGGUAAACGUGUCUGCCUUGGCGAAGGCCUCGCGCGCAUGGAAAUAUUUCUGUUCCUAACAUCUAUAUUACAAAGGUUUGAACUUAAAUGCCACAUGGACCCUAAGGAUAUUGACAUCUCACCAGUACCUUCCAAAAGUGCUUAUAUGCCACGACCCUAUGAGCUCUAUAUUACCCCACGCUAGCUAAGACCUAAAUUUUGUACUACAUUAAUAUACACAACAAAUCUUAUAAGAUACACUUUAUUUUAUGUGCCUUGUCUCAAAGAGCAUCAGGGGAGACAGCAGGGAACACCUUAAUACCCAUUCUGCUUGCAUGCCCACUGUGACACUGCUAGUGUUAUUUUAUUUUUUUUAAGGCACAAAAAUAUAUUUUUUUUGGAAAUGGUUUACAUUGGGGUUAAAUACUUUGCCAUUAGCCCACUGAGGUAUAAAGUUUUGUGGGCAUUUGCUUGCUUUGCCUAGACAGGUGUAUAAAUCUUGAAUCCAAAUAUGACUAUUAAGUCCUAAAAGUAGAUAAAGAAAACCUAGUCAAACAAAUGAAACAAAAAUUAUUAUAUUUGGUGAUUAUUGAAAAAAAAUUAUCCUGUGGCAAAAGAAAGGGUUCAAAAACUUUCAAGAACCACUGUAUAUCAUUUACAUUUUAUUUGUUUGCAUAAUUUUGUUGUAUUCUUUAAAUAUAUUUUAGAAUAAAUCACUGCAUACACUGGAAAUUUUAAUAGAAUGUUUAUAAUUAUCUCAGUUAUUUGAACAUUACUACAGAGGGAUAUAUAUAUCACAUCUGAACAUUAACCUAAACUGACUGGAGCUUUAGUACUUCAUAAAAAAGUGUACCUAGUAGAUUGGAGAGCUGAAAUAUGUACUAAACCAUAGUAGAUUUUGAUGCUUUACAUGGCAAAUGUGUAAUACGAAUGACUACUGCAUAACAAUCCAACUUUAAAGUUUCUUUAACAAAUAA